GGAAGCGGGAGGGCAGAGCGAAACAGGAAAAGAAGGGAAGAAGGAAGCAGAGGGAAGAAGAGAGGGAGGAGGAGGGGUGGCGGCGCCGUGGCGGAGGAGCAGGAGCAGGAGGGGAUGGAGAGGAGAAGGUUCCUGGGUGGCAUGGCGCUCCUGCUCCUCCAGGCGCUGCCCAGCCCCCUGUCAGUGAGGGCUGAGCCCCCGCAGGCUAAGGAAGCCUGUGUGGGUACCAACAAUCAAAGCUACAUCUGUGACACAGGACACUGCUGUGGACAGUCUCAGUGCUGCAACUACUACUAUGAACUCUGGUGGUUCUGGCUGGUGUGGACCAUCGUCAUCAUCCUGAGCUGCUGCUGCGUCUGCCACCACCGCCGAGCCAAGCACCGCCUUCAGGCCCAGCAGCGGCAACAUGAAAUCAACCUGAUUGCUUACCGGGAAGCCCACAAUUACUCAGCGUUGCCGUUUUACUUCAGGUUUUUGCCAAACUAUUUACUACCUCCUUAUGAGGAAGUGGUGAACCGACCUCCAACUCCUCCCCCACCGUACAGUGCCUUCCAGCGACAACAGCAGCAGCUGCUGCCUCCUCCAGGUGGCCCUGCAGGUGGCAACCCCCCAGGCGCUGACCCGCCCCAGGGCUCCCAGGGAGCACAGAGCAGUCCUUUGUCUGGACCGAGCAGAAGCAGCACAAGACCCCCAAGUGUCGCAGAUCCUCAGUCCCCUGAAGUGCCCACUGACCGGGAAGCCACCAAAGCCCCUGGAAUGGAGUCCUGUAGCUCUGUGGCCGGCCAUGGGGAGCUGGACCCAGGGGCCUUCCUGGACAGGGAUUCCGAGUGUAAGGAGGAGCUUCUGAAAGAUUCAAGUUCCGAGCAUGGCGGCGUACCCCCCGACAGCAAAGACAAGACCCCCGGCAGGCAUCGUCGCUUCACAGGUGACUCGGGCAUUGAGGUGUGUGUGUGCAACCGGGGCCACCAUGAUGACGACCUCAAAGAGUUUAAUACACUCAUAGAUGAUGCUCUGGAUGGGCCCCUGGACUUCUGUGACAGCUGCCAUGUGCGGCCUCCUGUUGACGAAGAGGAAGGGCUCUGCCUAUCCUCAGAGGGGCAGGCUCGAGAGCAUGGGCACCCCCACCUGCCACGGCCGCCCGCGUGCCUGUUGCUAAACACCAUCAAUGAGCAGGACUCCCCAAACUCCCAGCGCAGCGGCUCCCCUAGCUAGGACAGGCCCUGCCUGCACCCAGGAGCUCGACAACAACCAGGGUCGGGGACACCCACAAGAGAAGCAUUAAGUGACUUGGACAAGUGGUCCGGCCACUUUGUCCACUUUAUUUUAUCCCCCUCCUGUCCCACCUUGCCCACGUCUCCAGGUACAAAUUCAGGGUGUGGAUGCCUCCUCUCCCCACAAAAGCACAGUGUUCUAGAAGAUGGAGAAGCUGGUUCUGUGACUCAUUCUGCACCCCCUUUUCAGAGCUGUGUCUCACUUGCCUGCUUGGCCGAGAAACAGGCGUUUGGAAAGCCCUCGAGGACUGGGGCCGGACUGUGCCCUAAGGUGGUUCUCAGUGACGGAGUGGAUUCACAAGAGAACCGUGUCUCAGUCUGGGAGGCCCUGAGCGAAGAAGGAAACCCCUCAGGGGCCUGGGACUGUCACCUGUGCUGCCAGUGGCUGCAGAGCACCGGUCUAAUCCUGUGGGAGGGUGCGAGCUGGUCAGGGUGGCGAGGGACUCUCUGACCCGACAAGCCCCAGGUGGACAGUACGCAUCUGUGCAUUGUAGAGGGGACCCUCCCAGCCGGCUUUGGCCAGCCUCAGCCUGGCUCAGGUGUGGAAGGUGACAUCAUGUUCUCUCUGUUCUCCUUUAAAAACAAGUAACAAAGGCUAGUUGGAAACAAGAAGCAGAUGAGUGGGCAGGCGGGAACUCUCUUCUGCACAGGGGAGUUCUGCUGCUUCUCCCCAGGCCGCUGAGAGUUCCCAAGAGGCUGACUUCUGUUGGGCCAGGAGGAGAGAGUCCGAACAGGCCUGGUAGCGGUAGCCUUGGGCCUUCUGUCGAGGGGAGACCUGAGUCUGAAGGCUGGUAGAGAAAAUAGCGUCCUUCACUUUUGCCCUCUGUCUGUGCCCACAGGUGGUCAGUGGGCCUCGCCCCUCCUGAACACAGUCUGCAUUCUCUGUCUCCCUGUCCUCUGUAAGCAGACGGACUGAGGAAGUUGUGUGUUCAGGGUGAGGCGGCCUCACAGCCUGGCUCCCACACAGUAUUUCCUGUUGCGUUUGACU